ACGAAAGGAUUAUUCGUACAAGUACAAACUGGUAAUCACAUUAGUCAAGAGAACUACGGUAAGUCCAUCAUAUAAAAAGGUAAUCACCAAGUCAUUGGCCAGUCGGUUUAGAUGCUAGUGAAGUGCUACAUGUUCUUGUGAAUUUCUCUUCCGAGAUGUUAGGAAUACUUACUUUGAUAAUUAUUUAUAUUUUCGGAUGUGUAGCUGCACCAGCAAGGAAGGAAUCAACUCAACAAGUUGUUGAUCCAGCACCAGGAGUCAUUCCCGUUUACAUACGUCCCGGAGAUACCCCGCUCGAAGAUAUCAAUCCUGAUUUAGCAAAAGCAUUUCGGUACAACGAAAUUAAAUAUGGGCGUUAUGUGCACCCUUAUCGGGUUAAAUCUGACGGGGUGCUUAGGGGCAAAAUUCCAGUCAGUUUAGAAGAUCUUAACGAAGUCUCACAGGAUAACGACGUAGUAAAGCCUAAAAGAACUAGCAAAAAAAUUGUGGAAACCACCCGAGAACCUAUCUACUUUUCUUACUUUAAUCUGCCGUACCUGGAAUAAGAAGACUAUAAUCAAUAGACUAUGUUAGAAUGAUGCAGUGUUUAAAGUGUGUUUUUUUUUAAGAAUUGGAUAGUUAGUUGUAUGUAUCUUGUAUCUAAUUCUAAAUAACAUUAAACCUCUUGAUCAUU